UUCCUCUUGUUCGAAUUGAAUUCUGUUGGAUCCAAAAACCCUAAUUAAAAUCAAUGCCGUCUUUACAAUCCAAAAUUUAACGCCAACUCCCCUCGCCUUCUUAACCUUCCAUUUUGGCUCAAUUCAAUGGACGACGAGGAGUCGUUCGCCGACCACAAGCUCUCCGGCUUCCUCUACGCCGUUCUCUCCGUCACCUCGCCGGACCCACCCACCAACCCCCUCCCCCCAUUCGGAAGCCGCUUCCGAAUCUCCACCGACUCGGUCACUUUCAGGUCCGACAACGACGCCGUGGUCCUCUCACCGGUGGCGGAGAGGACGACGAGGAUCACGAGGACGAGGAGGAGUAUGGGGCUGGUGAAUGGGAGCAUCAGUGUGGUGCACCAAAUCCACGCUCUGGUGGCGAACAAGUGCAUCAAGGUCGAUGCUUUGCUGAUCCGUGUUGAGUCCGAUGGAGGCGGCGGAGUCAGGGCUGUGCUGCUGGUUGAUGUCUAUCUCCCGAUUGAGUUGUGGUCUGGCUGGCAGUUCCCCAAGUCCGGCUCUGUCGCCGGUGCCCUGUUUCGACACUUGAGGUCCGACUGGGGAGAGAGAAGUGCCAUGCUUGCUGACAAAGAUUAUCUCGAAAACAAUCGAGGAGAUGGCAAAAACAUGUGGAAUCUUUCUGACUGUCAUGUUUUUGGUUGCAAGCUGCAUUAUAAUUUCACGGAUUCUUCAAAGAAGAAGCUUUUUGAGCUUCAUGAAAUUUUUAAGGGCUUACCCACUGUGGCAGAGACAGGAAUCGUUAAUUCAUCAAAAAUACAACCAGUUGAUGACUCUUGUGAGGCUGGUAUUUGGGAUAUAUCUGAUGACAUAUUACUAUAUAUUCUAGCUGCACUCAACCCAAUGGACCUUGUUAGGGUGUCUGCAACUUGUUGCCAUUUGAGAAUCUUAGCUGCCUCUAUCAUGCCAUGCAUGAAACUCAAAUUGUUUCCACACCAGCAGGUAGCAGUUGAAUGGAUGCUUCAACGUGAGAAAAAGGCUAAAGUCUUGCCCCAUCCAUUGUACCUGUCUUUCUCAACUGAAGAUGGAUUUUUGUUCUGUAUCAACACUAUUUCAGGAGAAAUUGUCAUCGGCGAAGCUCCCACUAUCAUUGAUUUUCAUGGGGGAAUGUUUUGUGAUGAACCUGGAUUAGGAAAGACCAUAACUGCUCUUUCGCUUAUUCUGAAGACACAAGGAACUCUGGCAACGCCUCCUGAUGGGGUACAAGUGAAUUGGUGCACUCAUAACGGAGACCAGAAAUGUGGUUAUUAUGAGCUUGAUGGUGAUAAUGUUGCUUGUAGCAGUAUGCUCCCAAAAAAGAGGGAUAUGGGUCAGAAAGCUCAAAAUGGUUUUGAUGAUUCCUCAUACUGCCGAUCAAAAAGAGCCAGGCUAAUUCUUGGCGAGAAAAUUCCAGGAUUCUCCAAUUCAUGUCCUGGCAAAGUAAUGGAAACACCAGCAGCUGCACACUCCAAUUCAGAAGUGUGUGUGGUUUGGCGCACUAGGAGCUUAAGUGGCAUUAAAAAAGAUCUUCUGCCGUCAUUUCAAGAAGCAUCCAGCUCUUCCAAACAAACAAAGGUUGGAAAAAAUAAGUUAUCCAACGACACCUGGGUUCAGUGUGAUGUAUGCCGUAAAUGGCGGAAACUUCCAGAAAGUAGCAUUGCUGAUGCUAGUGCGCCAUGGUUUUGUAGCAUGAAUUCUGACCCUUUCUACCAGAGUUGCAGUGUUCCGGAAGUACCCUAUGAUAAUAGCAAUCCAAUUACCGGUCUACUAGGAUUUUGCACCAAGGGAACAGCUGAAGGAGAGGAACAAAAUGUUUCUUUCUUUGUUAGUGUGCUUAAGGAGAGGUACACCUUGAUAAGUUCUAUUACAAAGAAAGCUCUAUCUUGGUUGGCUAAACUUUCUUGUGACCAGCUCUCAGUAAUGGAGACAAUUGGUCUGCGAAGCCCUUUUGUAAGCUCUUGUGUAGAGUUGGCUGAUGCGUAUCAGUUUCAGGAAUUAUUUCAAGCAUUUGGUCUCAAAAGAAGAGUAGAAAAAGGUGUUAUUAAAUGGUGCUACCCACCAAGUCUUAGCAACAUGAGUUUUGAUGUUGCUGCUCUCAGAGUUGCUCUUUCCACGCCAUUGAACUCAGUGAGGCUGUAUCUUUCGAGAGCAACUCUAAUUGUUGUGCCAUCAAAUUUAGUCGAUCACUGGACGACCCAAAUUCAGAAGCAUGUCAGGCCUGGUCAGCUGCGAGUUUAUGUUUGGAGUGACCAUAAGAAGCCUUCUGUACACAGUCUAGCAUGGGACUAUGAUGUUAUCAUAACCACGUUUACCCGGUUGAGCGCAGAGUGGAGCCCUCGUAAACGAAGUUCACUGAUGCAAGUGCAUUGGCUUAGAGUCAUGUUAGAUGAGGGUCAUACUCUUGGCUCAAGUUUUAGCUUGACAAACAAAAUGCAAAUGGCUGUUUCAUUGAUUGCUUCAAACCGUUGGAUAUUGACUGGAACUCCAACUCCUAAUACACCCAAUAGUCAACUAUCACAUCUUCAACCAUUGCUGAAGUUCCUUCAUGAGGGAUCUUAUGGGCAGAAUUAUAAGUCAUGGGAAGCUGGAAUUCUUAGGCCUUUUGAAGCGAAGAUGGAAGAAGGACGAUCACGUUUGUUGCAUUUACUACACAGGUGCAUGAUUAGUGCCAGAAAGAUCGAUAUGCAUACUAUUCCACCCUGCAUCAAGAAAGCUACUCUGCUUGAUUUUGCUGAGGAACAUGCAAGAAGUUACAAUGAACUUGUAGAGACAGUUAGGCGCAAUAUACUAUUGGCUGACUGGAAUGAUCCUUCUCAUGUUGAGAGUCUUCUGAAUCCAAAGCAGUGGAAAUUUCGGAGUGCAACUGUAAAAAAUGUGAGGCUAUCUUGUUGUGUGGCCGGGCAUAUAAAAGUAACAGAUGCAGGUGAGGAUAUUCAGGAAACGAUGGAUAUCUUAGUUCAAAAGGGUCUAGAUCCUAUGUCAGAGGAGUAUGCUUUUAUAAGAUAUACUAUUAUUUAUGGUGGCAACUGCGUAAGAUGCAAGGAAUGGUGUCGUUUACCUGUCAUUACGCCGUGCAAGCAUGUAUUGUGUCUCGAUUGUGUUGGUUUGGACAGUGAGAGGUGUACUUAUCCUGGGUGCGGCCACUUAUAUGAGAUGCAGACUCCUGAUACACUAACUCGGCCAGAAAAUCCAAAUCCUAAGUGGCCUGUUCCCAAGGAUCUUAUUGAGCUCCAACCCUCGUAUAAACAGGAUGACUGGGAUCCUGAUUGGCAGUCAACAUCUAGCAGUAAAGUGUCUUAUCUGGUGAGGAGAUUGAAAGCAUUGCAGGAAGCUAAUAGCAAAGUUGAUUGCCCUACAACUGUCAAGAAUAGAGCCAUAGACACCAAGAAUUCAAUUGCCCUACCUGAGAUGGGUGAUUCAAAAGAUUUGAUGCAUGUUCAUGGCUUUAGAAUGGGUGUCAAGACUCAUGAAACAAGUUUGGAUAAAGUUUUGGUUUUUUCUCAGUUUCUUGAGCAUAUACAUGUGAUUGAGCAGCAGUUGACCAUUGCUGGUAUCAAAUAUGCUGGGAUGUAUAGUCCUAUGCAUUCUGGCAACAAGAUGAAGUCACUAGCUACUUUCCAGAAUGAUACUAGCUGCACAGUUCUUUUGAUGGAUGGAACUGCUGCUUUGGGUCUCGAUUUGAGCUUUGUAACCCAUGUAUUUUUAAUGGAACCAAUAUGGGACAGGAGCAUGGAGGAACAAGUCAUUAGUCGUGCUCAUCGGAUGGGUGCUACACGUCCUGUACACGUGGAAACUCUGGCAAUGCGUGGCACUAUUGAAGAGCAAAUGCUGGAGUUUUUGCAGGAUUCUCAUGAGUGCAGAAGAUUUUUAAAGGAAGAGGCUGGUAAAACUGACCAAGGGGCAAGAACUCACCGUUCCUUGCAUGAUUUUGCUGACAGAAAUUAUCUUUCUCAUCUUAGCUUUGUGCGGACAAAUUCUCAGAUGUAAAAGGUAACUGCAAGUUUUUUGACAAGUGCUAUGAUUGGUGUAUUUUUAGCCUAGAUAUGGAAAGAUCCUUGUUGUCAAUUGUUGAAACAUACAUGAUUAUCCGCUAGAUGGGAUCUUCCAGAAUCUGACUAUGUAAUUAAAUUUUGUAAAAGGACAAGCUAAAUAUAUAGUUCUAGAUGACAGUUCUAGCACUGGUUGUUUCUUGCUCAGUCUUUUAUGCUUCCAUCUUCAUAUAGGU